CCUCGCCUUUGCCUCGGCUCAACUCCAACAUACAUUCGUGAUUAUCGUGCUUGACUGCUCCAACCGCAUGCGCAUCACCACAGCAAGAUGGGUAAAAAGGAUGAACUGGCUUACAUGUUUUGGAUGCUCCUCCAUGCACGAAAGUGUCCAGCGGACGAGUUUAUGGCGCUGAGAAGGGCUGGACAGCAGGCAUGGCAAGAGCCAUCAACUCCUGCAUUUCGCGGCUGCUCGGAAAAUCUCGCGUUGCUGAGAUGAAGAGAUUGCCGAAUGCAAGUGACAUUUUGCGCUUUGAAAUCUUCAGACGAAACACAAGGAAGCCGGCCACUUCCCAAAAAUCCCCCACCAUGCUCUCUUUCCUGCUCGCAUCGUCUCUGAAUCUCGAUCGACGGACGUUACUGCACCGGUACACCGUCCAGCGCAUCGAAACGCUCACUGCGCCACCGGCAGUCGCGGGAGAUCCGUCAAGAGAUCACGCGAUCUGCGCUUUCCCAUCGGACAUUUCGCCCCAUGCAGGAAAAAUGUCCGUCGUGGUUUUGGGAUGCGAACGAAUCUGGCCCCGCAAUUUUCAGCAACACAUCUCGCUUCCGCGCCGCAUCUUCAUCAGUGUAUGCGUGGCCGUCGGUAUGCGAGGUGCGACACUUGACGAUGGCCAGGCAGGGUGGGAGGAGGUCAGCCCCACUCGCCUUCGACGUGGGUCUGCUUGAAGAACCGAGACCCUCGCUUGCUGUAGACUUCGGCAAGACUGCAAGCGUGUCGUGUAUCGAGUCUCGAGCGGCCCUGCCUGAUACGGGAAGACACAACCCUUCAGCAUUACCGGAACAAUGCUCUACCGAGACAUGAUCUUUCUUCUGCAGCAGAAAUUUGAAUGAACUCGACACAUGAAGUGCAACAA